UUAAUUAUUAUUUUAAUAUUCAUAUUGUUGCUAAAAGAUAAUUUGCAUUCAUGUGAACCCAGACAGUUAUUCUUAGAAGGUGGAAAUACCCCCAAAAAUAAAUUAAAUAACACAAUGAACAAUAGUGAUAUGGACACCAAUUAUCACUUAUUUUAUGGUUUCAACGAUCCUGAAGGACAAAGUAUAGCACUGAAUGCAAUAAGCGUAGUGAAACCAAUACUGAAUCGUAAAGAAUUAUUUUUAUUUGACAAAACAGCACGUACAACAGGUUAUGGUGGAAUGGUAUCAGCCCGACAGCUGCAUUUUAUGUGUGGACCAUAUCCUGAAUUAAAUAUUGACAGAAAUUUAAUGUUUGAUAAAGUUAUCCAAACAGUGGUACAACUUUCUGUAUCUUGA